AUGAUUUUAAGAGAAUUCCUUCGAUUAUCAUCAAAGCAUCGUACAAUUUACUUCUAUUUACUGCUAUGGAUUCUCUUAAUUUUCCUUGGAAUGUACAAAUAUGUCUCGUCCGACUCAACAAAUAGUGCAUUUUUGCCAAAAUCAUUUUAUAGUAAUAAAAUCUCGUUCGAGAACAAACGGAAGGACAGCGAAAAAAUCGAAAAGUAUCGUCAGCGUUAUUGUAACAAUAUAAAUUCAUUGAAUUUGACAUCGGAAGAUGAGGGUGGCUUUAUUGAAGGAUGGACACUUCAAGGAGUCAUAUUGCUGAUAAGACACGGCGACCGUGCAUCAUUAGUUCAUGUUCGUGACAUCCACUCAAUUGACUGUAGCUACGAACAUGAUCAAAACAUAAUCAAAUAUAGAAAUUACUUACUAAAUUCAUCAUUAAUGAAUCCAAAUAAUGGAAAUAAUAAUGGACAUGUGAGUUGGAAUCGUCAAGGACCAUUUCAUGGGUUUCCAUUACUUCCAGCUGAUUUACGAGCAUGUUUACUCGGUCAGUUAACAUAUAAAGGCAUAUCACAAUUAUUACAUAUCGGUGAACUUAUGAGACAUGCUUACGCAAAUGCUUUAGAUUUACUUAGAAAACCUGUGCCAAUUCCACCGCCUCGAACCAACAAUAAUACUGAAAGUCAUCUACAAUUUACAGGAGCUGAUGAGAUUGUUGUGUAUUCAACAAGAUACAGAAGGACUUUCCAAUCAGCUAUGGCUUUACUCUUUAAUCUCCUUCCGAACGAUCGAUGGCAUAACUUACAGAUCCAAGAAAGUCACAGCUUAGCAUUCUGUUUUAAUGACUGUGCAUGUGCAAAUGCUGAGCAUCUAAAGAAAAUGAUGUCAAGAGAAAGUUCCAGAGACUACACAAAUAUUCCAGCUGUUGCAUCUUUAGUCAAUCUCAUCGGAUCAUCACUGCUUCAAAUUCAAGAUGCUCCCGUCUUUAAUCCACUGGAUGUUCGCGAUGCUCUCCUAAUGUACGUUUGUCACAAUCAGGAGCUUCCAUGUCAACGUAAUUCACAUCAAUCAACGACACAGCCACAGCAUGAAAUUGAAAGUAAUGACAUAAUUGAUUUGGACGAUAGUCAACACUUGCCAGACUCGACAACAAAUGAUGGCGAUGAUGAUGAUAUGGAGGAAGCAAUAAAUGAUAAACCGACAGAAAAUUGUGUUGAAGAUGGUCUGAUUGAGGCUUUAUUGGCGUACACAAACUCAUAUGAAGUCAGGGAGAGCAACAAUCGAAAUAAAAUUAUUGAACGAGCAUUAAGAGCGUAUGGAUUAAUAAGAAAUAUUGUUGGAUUCAUGCUCAAGAUGAUAAGUGGUGAUAAGACAAAAUUUGUGCUAUAUUCAUGCCACGAUCAGACAUUACAAUUUGUAUUGGCCGCGUUAGGCUUAAUUGAGCAAUCGUCAUAUAUUCCAUACGCCACAAGAUUUGCAUUUGAAGUCUAUCGUAGCGAUAAAGAUAAUCAAUUCUAUUAUCGUGCUGUUUACAAUGGAAAGGAUGUGACACGACUCAUAAGCUUUUGUAUUGAUGGAAAGAGUCUACGUGUGAAACGUGGACGUGCACAAUCGGCAUAUUUAUGUCCGAUUGAGAACAUUAUUAGAUUUAUACAUGACGAUUAUUUCUCAAUGAUGAAUGCGACCAACUUUAAGGAUGCUUGUUUGCCUCAAACUGACAGGAAUUCGUAUUUUUAAGGGGGUCGCUAUAUCAACAUUAUUUAAGCAACAUCGAAACUUUUGGACGCAAUAAACUUGAACUUUAACAUAGUAUUUAAAUUUAAGGGUUUGUUCAUAAAUGACGUCACAGGGAGGGGCAAAGGGGUCUCGAACAUUAGAAAUUUUUGUCAGUUUGUUUGAAAAAUAGCCAUUAUUUUUGGACAUCAUUUAUGAACGACCUACUAGCAUAGAUGAAGAAAAUACUCAAGUGACAAAAAACAAAACAUAUCAAAAAAUAUUCUACAUGUCUAUUUUUUCUCCCCUUUUGCAACACGUUUAGAAUUUUGAUUUUAAGUUGUGAUAUU